AUGGACUUCUGCUGCAUUCAUCAAAACUGUAGGGACCGCGAGGGCGUUCCCCAGCAGCGCACCUAUCAGCGGCUCGAAGGCUCAGAUUCUUUCGAGGACGAUGCCCUCGGCCGCUUCGAACUGGAGCAUGCGCUCUUCAAGGAGGCAUUGGGGAGCCUGGGGAGCUUCUACUCCAACCCCGCCACUCUCGUCUUCAUGCUGACGCGGUUUCCAGAUGAUUACGGCGAUGCUGCAAAGUACACCCGGUCGGGCAACACGGAGCAGUACUUCAACCGUGGCUGGUGCUUCUGCGAGUCCUCCUGGGCGAUGCUGACGAAGCCGUCUGGCAAGCUCUUGGACCUCGGCCGAUCCACGGGAGCGGAGACCUCAUGGUAUCAGGAGCUGGUGAUUACCUGCACAGCGGGGCGCCGGGCGCCCCUCCUGCCCGACGCCUUCGACGUGCAGCUGCAGAGCAAGGGGUUCACCAACGGCAAGGACGACCUGCCCCGGGUCGCCGAGCUCUACCGCUCCGCCUUCGCGCAGCGCUUGGAGGCCGGGGAGGCGCUGCGCUACGACGGGCUGCAGUGGGGGGACGAGGAGGCGCAGCAGCUGGCCGCCGUGCUCGCCUCGGGCGCCGCGCCCCGGCUGCAGGGGCUCGACCUCCGCGGCAACCGCGUGGGCGACGAGGGCGCCGCGCGGCUGGCGGAGGCCCUGCGCGCCCCGGGCGCGCUGCCCCAGCUGCAGCUGCUCGACCUCGGCGACAACUGCGUGGGCGACGAGGGCGCCGCGCGGCUGGCGGAGGCCCUGCGCGCCCCGGGCGCGCUGCCCCGGCUGCAGGAGCUCAACCUCGGCGGCAACCGCGUGGGCGACGGCGGGCCGGGCCCGGCGGCGCUGCGCGCCGCGUGGGCGGAGGCCGGGCGCCCAGAGGGCGGCCUGGUCCUCGGCGACUGA